AUGGAACAAGUCAGCCUGAAAUUAUUGGUAAAUGAAAAGAAAAAUAGAGUUUUGUUCGUGGAAGCAGGGAAGGACUUUGUGGAUGUCCUUCUAAGCUUCUUAACCUUGCCGUUGGGCACGAUUGCUAGGCUUGUUCGUAAUGAUGAAUCAAAUGUGAAGAAUGUUACGGUUGGGAGCCUAAGCUCAUUAUAUGAAAGUGUGGCCAAACUCGACGAAAAGCAAUUUUGGACUGCAACCUGUAAAGAAAUGCUGCUUCGGCCAAGGAACUCAAUGGAACGCUAUUGCAAAAAUCUAAAGCUCAACAUUAAUGAUGAUACAGAGAAGACAAAGUACUUCAUAUGUGAGAACCGUGACUGCAACGGGCCGGAUGGUUGUUGCUUGUUGAGCACGUUUAAGAAUCAAAGAUGCAAGUGCGGGAAACUAAUGAAACAGGAGGUUUUUCCUCAAGAUGAAAAGAAUGCAGAUGCAGAUCAUAAAAAGGUGGUUGAUGAUAAGGGGUUCGUUUUGGAUACAGUUUUUAUUAUUUCUGAUGACCUAAAUGUGAUGCCGGAUAGUCUUCUUGUUUCAAAUAGCUUGCCCACGGAUCUUGGAUGUGAAGACUUCAAUGAAAUGAAACUGGUAACCGUCCAUGUGACUGAGAAAGAGGUUUUGGACUUGCUUAAGUGCUCCUUAUUCUCCCCGACUCCUUUCACAGACAUAUUCUUGACAGGGUGCAAAGAGAAGCCAAACACGAGAGAAGCAAAAAGAGAAGACGUACUCGUGUUGAAAAAACAGGAAGAGUUCAUGAAGAGCGACUAUGACUUUAUACUUUUCGAUUUUGAUUUGAAACUGGGUCGAGAAAAUCCAAUUCAAAUAAAGGUAAUGCUAAGAAAAUCUGAUAACACAAUAUUGUUUGCAUUAUGUGAGAACGAUUUUGUGGACUUCCUUCUUAGUUUUUUGACCUUCCCCUUGGGAGGAGUGGUGUACAUGUUAGAUGGUAAAUGCUGCUUGGGAAGCAUAGACAAUCUAUACAUGAGCGUUCUUGAUUUAUAUAGAUAUUUAAGAUCCUUUGACCUACGGGAUCAGCUCCUGAAAUCUCAACUUGCCUACCAAUUUAAACUCCGCAACCAGAUAUUGCCUAUUGAUGAAGCUCCAGCUCUUGAUUACACUUUUGUCAGUAAAUAUGACCACAAUGGGAAAUUAUUAAGCGGCUAUCUAACUGCUUCAAAUGAUGUUUCGAUUAAUCAAAAGUCAUGUGUUGCUUUGAGAUAUUUAGCGCCACAGUCAUCAAUUGGUGGCGCAUAUAGUGACAGAUACGGCGGAAGAGGGCUUGUCAAAAAGCUAUCACGGUACAUGGUUACAGAUGAAUUGGCCGUUACACCAUGCUCAUCGACCUCCAUCAUUUCCUUUCUUUCCAAACUGAGGAUUCCUUCUUCUGACUUGGAGGAAAGAGUUAUCAGCAUAGGCAAAGAAGAGGGUCUCAGCCUUCUUAGAGCUUCUUUGGUCUCAUCAUCAGCACUGACAAAUGGUCUCGGUCCAUUUCUUGGCCCGAUGAUUGUGAAGAAGGAGAAGUGGUCGCACUAG